ACAAUCAGAUCUUCCGUCUAGGGCGCACUUGACCAUCACUCCUGCGCCAUGUCUGCCGAGCCCGAGGUGUUCAAGCGCCUACCGACGUGUGUCGUGCCGGAGAAGUACCACGUGGAUUAUGAGCUCAUCGACCUGCUCAACUUCCGCUUUGAAGGCUCGGAGCGCGUGUUGCUGCGCGUAGACGAAGCCACAUCCGUCAUCACCUGUCACGCUGUAGAACUCUACGUAUUCAACGUAUCAGUAGAGGACUCAGCCUCCGGGACGACGCAGCAGGCGCAGCAGAUCACGUACCAGACCAAGGACGACUCGGUCUCUUUCCACUUCGCCAAGCCGUUGACGACCGGCUCCAAGGUGGCACUUAAGCUCCAGUUCCACGGCUUCCUGAACGACCAGCUGCGUGGCUUCUACCGUACCGAGUACGAGCACCAAGGGGAGAAGCGUGUGCUCGCUGUCACGCAGUUCGAAGCCUGCGACGCCCGUCGAGCCUUCGUUUGCUGGGAUGAACCUGCUCUAAAGGCCACAUUCGAGAUCUCUAUGGUCACAGAGACAGACCUUGUGGCUCUGUCCAAUGCGCACGUAGUGGAGACGCUUGUGAGGCCUAAAAAGAACGCUCAUAUCCGUAAGAAUACGCGAUCGGACGUGGGUGGAGCCAUGGAAAAAGUCUGGAAGUUUGCAGAGUCCCCUGUUAUGUCCACGUACCUCGUGGCUAUGGUGGUGGGGGAGUUCGAUAUGAUCUCGGACUUAACCAAGGAAGGCGUCGUGGUGAACGUGUACACUGCCCCUGGACAGAGCGUGCGUGGACGGUUUGCAUUGGAUGUGGCUACCAAGGCGCUGUCGUUCUUCACUGACAGCUUUAGGAUCCCGUAUCCGCUCAAGAAACUAGAUAUGGUGGCGAUUCCGGACUUCCUGGGAGCUAUGGAGAACUGGGGACUGGUGACGUAUACAGAGACGUUCCUGCUGGUGGACCAGAAACUCAGUAGUCACGAGAUUAAAGCUGAUGCUGCACGUGCUAUUUGUCAUGAAUUAUCGCACCAAUGGUUCGGUAACUUAGUGACGAUGGAUUGGUGGACGGGACUCUGGCUGAACGAGGGCUUUGCGCAGUAUAUGGAGUUUGACGCAGCUCAUCAUAUCUUCCCGGAAUGGAAGCUGUGGGAGACUUUUGUCCAGGAUAUCAUGCUUGGAUCUGCGUUCGUUAAAGACGCGAUGGUGUCCUCGCACCCGAUUGAGGUGGUUGUGAAUCAUCCUGACGAAGCUGAUGAGAUCUUUGAUGCCAUUUCGUACCAUAAGGGAUCCAGUAUGGUACGCAUGUUGUCGGAGUAUCUCGGUCGUGACGUGUUCUACCGUGGUGUACACGAUUAUCUUGUGAAGUUCAGUUAUAAGAACACGGUGACUGAGGACUUGUGGGAGGCGCUGGAACAAGUAUCUGGACAGAAGUUGAAAGACAUGGCCGAUACGUGGACCAAGCAGGUGGGAUUCCCUUUACUGACUGUGCAACAGGACGCAGACGGCAAGUGCGUGCUCGUUCAGGAGCGAUUCUUCGCGGAUAGCAGUCUGAGUGCCGAAGACCACACGCUGUGGGACGUUCCGCUGACGUUCUGUACGUCGAACGACCCCACCGCUAUCAAGCGUCUUGGGAUAUGGAGCGCCAAAUCUGCCUCAUCCAAGGAUUCGACGCCCACGACGCCAUAUGAAGCUGGUGACGAGAUCAACAAGCAGAUUCAAGUGCCUGCAGGACCUAAGGGAUGGAUCAAGCUGAACCCGAACCAAACAGGUUUCUAUCUUGUCAACUACUCUCCCGCUCUAUGGAAACGUCUCGAGAUCCCUGUGAAGGAGCAACUUCUUGACGUCCCCGACCGUGUUAGUCUGCUGAAUUCAGUGUUCGCGUUUGCUCGCGCUGGUGUGUUGGGCCUCCCGGUUGCUCUGGACUUUACGAACGCGUACGUGGAUGAGUCUGCUUCUUUGUGCUGGAAGGAGAUCUCGCGCAACAUGGGCUAUUACUCCAACUUGUUCCGUGAUGAGCCGUUCUAUCCAGAGUUCCAGCGAUACAUUCGCACGCUGUUUGCGCAUGUGAUGCAGCGUCUCGGUUGGGAUUCUGAUGGCUCUAAGCAAGCGGACGCGGACGAGGGAGAGUUCCGUAAGACGGUGAUCUACCGUUUGGGUCUUGCGAAUGACCAGGACGUCAUCAAAGAAACCAAGAAGCGCUUCCACGAGUACAUCGCUGGCGAUUCGUCCGCUCUUUCUGGUGACUUGCGUGGCUCCGUGUUCGAUAUCGAGACGACGUAUGGAGAAGCGGCGAAUGCGAAGUUGCUACAGGAGCUGUACAACAAGAGCGACUUUGCUGAGGAGCGCAACGACUGUCUGAGUGCUAUGGGAUCGGUGUCUGGUACAGCCAACAAGCUCCAAGUUCUGGACUGGGCGGUGGAGAAUGUGCGCUCACAGGACAUUCACUCUCCGUUUAUCAGUGUGGCCAGUGACAAGCUUGGUGCGCAAGUUGCGUGGCAAUACGUGCAGGACAAAUGGGACGUGUUGGCCAAGAAAUACUCGGCUAUGACGCUGGGCUACAUCGUGUGCGGUGUUGUGUCUCGCUUCCAGAGUGAAGCGAUGGCCGUAGAGGUAGAGGCCUUUUUGGUGAACAAGGAAACGUCCGGAUACAAGCGUCGACUCGAGGUAGCGCUGGAAGGAGUGCGUCUCAAGAGCGCCGCGUACUGCCGCGACCGUGACACGCUGGCCAAGUGGCUGAAGGAGAGAGCCGUUUAAACAGAAAGUUAGCGCACGGUAAGGACAGGAUUACAUGUUUGCACUGUAUUUGUUGUUUGGUUUUAGUUGUCCUAGAUUUCCAGAAGUACGCGGUAGCGGACAGCGCCGUCGCUCAUUUGGAGACCUACCUUGACCUGGUUCGCCGGCAGCUACUGGAUCACUGGACGUCCGAUCUUCUUGGACGCCAUCUUCAGAGUACUUAACUCAUUAGCUUCAAGACGUCGAGCUUCUGUUUCGAGCGAGAGAAUGUCACCACCGACGCAGCUGCCAGUGCCAUUACGAGCUGGAUAGCAAGGUAGCGGUCGACGCCCCUAGGCACAAACGGAGCAGUAUUCGCUUGGGUUCCUUAAGACGCGCCCGUGCCUCUGCUCCCACGCUAAUGCGAUUUCCUACCUUGAGGUCCUGAGGUCAGAGCUGAUCAACCACUCACAUAUACAUGACUCCACCCUUACCACCACUGAGAGUGUGGAUAUCGGAGCCACAGCUUCCGCAGUGCGAGAUCUUUAUCUCCACAUCUCCAACGCCAAGAGACCGCGAAUACUUACAUCGUGGUCAGGUCUGUGAAGGUGACACGCGAUUCUGUCGAUGCAGGAGCAUGCGCUGCAAAAUGCUGGGGCUGCUUGAAUCUGAUUGCUUCUGAGCUUCUGGACGUCUGCUAGAGUUUUGCUUUCCGCUCAAACCGACCACGCGACUACCGCAUUCCUUUUGCACAAGAGUAAGGAGAUCUUGUGGUACAUGAGCUUUUAACACGGCCUCGAAGCUUCGUGUCUGAAGCAUUCGGAGCAUUAUCAAGCAAGGGUGAGAUUUUAGUUAUGUGUAAAAGAGUAUGACGACUCACCCCAAGCUCGUCACGAAGAUGUCUAAAACUCUUCUGAGCCGAUAUUCGCACUGGUGCCGACUUUGACAUCAAUGACUUGGCCAUCAGAGGGAGCACUGCACUCGAUGCUUGAGACGUUCGAAGACGGGCAAGUUCGGGCUUGUUCCAGUUGAGAACGCAUUUUUCCACAUAAACUGAGGUCUAAAAAGUAAUAAAAAAAGGUAAAAAGGUUAGAAGAUGUUACUGUGGAAUAAUACAAACUCGUACCAAGUUGUAUAGCC